UUGAGAUAUUUCUGAACAACAAAUAUUGGAUUAUCGUGGUUUCUGUUCUGGUUUAUCUAGGAUUUGGCAUCGUCGCGAUGAGCAUCUACAUGUGCGAGAGGCGCAAGAGGAGAUCACAGAAGAACCAGAAAGCCAGAUUCUAUAAGGCCAGCAGCGCUACUAGGAAUCUAUAUAUGGACAGCCCAAACCCUGUGCAAGAUGCUGACGUGAAGCCAGCAGACACUAUGUAUCUGAAUUUUACUGAACUUUCCGUGAAGGAGAUUAAGAAAGAUCGAAACUCAGCUGCAAGUUCAUUCUUGGAUCCAUCUGUGGAUGGGGAUUCAUAUCUAGAACCGAACGACAUUGAAGUGGAUCACGUGUCGGAAGAAGAAGAAGAGUACGAGAACGCAAAGGAAGAAAUAAAAGACCCGUCGGAUGGCUCCCAGUCUUAUGAGGAUAUGAUGGGCUCCACCGGCAUAAGGACAGAAGAGGAACAGAUUCACACUGAAGCUCAGGAAGAAGAUGCUGAUUCCUAUGAGAACAUGCAAGCUCCAGUGUAUGCUCAGGCAAACCACUCCACGGUCUCCCUUAACAAGGCAGAGGAUCUGAGUCCCACCAGGGAGGACAGCAAGGUAGCUGAAAAACUGGCCGCCAUACUAGCAAGUUGGAAUCGAUCCCCGACCACUCAAGACCUUACACAAGAGAAUGGAGAUUUCUACCUCUCUUAUGAAAGCCACAGGUUAUAGAAGAGGUAGCCCGAGAUAUAUAUGGGAUGUUAUCCAGCUUGGAAGAAUGGAUUGUAUCUGCAGAUCCUUUACAAUAUGGGCCAGGUUCUUUGUGGAGAAUUGAAGACUUGGUCCGUACAGCUGGUCACAUAGGCACAAAAUCGCUCUAUGGUACAUUACUAAAAAAUAUCUGUAGAUCUCGCCCCAACCUUGCUGGCAGGUUUGGAAAACUCAUUUUUAUUGGACAGAGUAUCUUUAAAUGAGAGAUUUCUGUGAUGGAUUCUGCGAAAUAUCACCUUGACUGAUUUUCUCGAUAUGAAAAAUAUUCAGUCUAGAAUUCUAGAACUCCACCAAAUAUGUCUUGAAGAACGUAAUGAUCCUCUGAAGAUGUAACACAUGAGUUACCAAUCCCUAAAAUUGGGUUUAUUUAAAUCAAAACACUCCAAUUCUGGGCAUUACAGUAUGUCUCAUUCUUGCUUUUCAGCUCCCGUCAGUCUAUAUAAUUUCAGGAUUAUACCGAGCUUGGCUUCUUCAACCACAGAGUAUGUAACAAGAUGUGGCCCUAUAUUAGUCUACUUUAAGCAUUCAACUUGGUGGAACUUGGUACAGUGAAUUUAUUUCAAUACAAGCACCUAAAAACAUGAAAGCCUUGAAGCUACACCAAUUCUAGAACUGGCUAAACUUGGACAUUGUGAAACUAGCCACAUUCUAGAACCUGCUAAGUUAUGAACAUCAUCCACGUCUAGCAUUCGUAACACAUGGACUCCAUAAAGUGAGGUCUAUUCUAGAGUGUGCAAGACACAGACACUGGUCAAACAACUUUGGUUCUGGAGGAAUUUGCACAUCAAACUGUUUGUUUGUUUUUUUGCCUGAAGUCUUUUAUGUAUUUCCAGUGAAAUGGCCGAUGGAACACGUUUUGUUUUGCCUUACUCUUUGGUGCUUGAAGGUCACACCUCAACAAUACAUCUCCAGGGUGGAUUAAAAGAACUCGGCCUUCAGG